UGCCCCAACCAAUGAUCCACCUUGGCCUUGCUAUAUCUCACCUCCUUCAUCGCAUUUCAAGCCUCACACUUCUCAUAACUCGCGGUCACUUGCAUGGUUUUGCCACAUGGAAAUGCUGGAUGCAGUCAAGUACAAACUCUUUGUCAGCACUUGGAAUGUCGGAGCCAUCACACCGCCGAGCAACCCGAUCACUUUGGACGAUUGGCUGGAUACCAGCAACUCGUAUGACAUUUAUGUUCUCGGGUUUCAAGAGAUUGUGCCACUGAGCGCGAGGAAUGUGCUUGGCCCCGAAAGGAAGGAGGUGGCCGUGAAGUGGAACUCACUCAUUGGAGCCACUCUGAACAAGUGCUCUCGAGCCGACCAGGAGGAGGCUCAGCAUCACCACAAGGUGUACCCUAUGAAACAAGGGGGCGUCGUCGAUCAUGCCGAAUUCAGUUGCAUAGUGAGCAAGCAAAUGGUAGGGAUUCUGGUCUCGGUCUGGGCGAGGAAAGACUUGUUUGGGUUCAUCAAGAAUCCGUGUGUUUCUUGUGUAGGCUGUGGCAUCAUGGGCUGCUUGAAGAACAAGGGUUCGGUAUCGGUUAGAUUCUACCUUCGUGAAGUAAGUUGUUGCUUCGUGUGUUGCCAUCUAAGUUCCGGAGAAAAAGAGGGAGACAAAAGGCUGAGGAACUUGAACCUCAACGAUAUUCUAUUCAAGACUGAUUUUGCCAACAACUCUUCCAACAAUUUGCCCGAGAAAAUUCUCGAUCACGACUGCGUAGUGUUGUUUGGAGAUUUAAACUACCGGCUCUCCUUACCCACCGAUGCAAAAACAAGGUCACUUGUCGAUCGAGAGGAGUGGAAAGUGUUAUUAGGCAAAGAUCAGCUAACAUUUGAAUUAUCUCCGAGAGGAAUAUUUGAAGCAUGGAAUGAGGGUCCCAUCACUUUUCCACCUACGUACAAAUAUAAACCUAACUCUGCUGAAUAUUGUUGGCAAGUUUAUGAUAAAUCAGGAGGAGCAAAAAGAAGAGCUCCAGCAUGGUGUGAUCGAAUCUUGUGGAUUGGGAAAGGCUUGAAGCAAGUUGGCUAUCAACGGUGCGAGUCAAAGUUAUCAGACCACAGGCUAGUGCGGGCGAUCUUUGUGGUUGACUUGUAAAUUUGAAUUGUUGUAGGAUGAUAGUGCAAGAAAUGAAAGUUUUAAGUUUCUUUGUAAUCCAUUCAUCGACUUCGUUAAAAGGUUGUGACUUCGUUAAAAGAUAGCGAACAAAGAAGCUUCUAAGAUUUC